CGGAUAACGAGAGCCAGGGAUUAGCAAGGACGUUCAACGAUCUCGUAUCGCUGCGCCUAGUCGGUGAAGCCGAUGAAGCUGAGUCCGAUUUCUUUCGCGAUUUCGAUGCGUCAGAGGGAAGGACAACCGGUAAGGAGCCUUCGACGUUUUGGUCUUUGUUCCUUAUCUUCUUUGCGACCUUAACGUAAUACCGUCCUUGGAGGAAUCUUUGGUAACGAUGGCUGAGAAAGGUGAAGCACCAUCAGUCGUGUAACGUUCCUCGAAGUCACAGCUUCGAAUUUCUUUGCUCCUGGAUCGAGUAUCGAUGUUCAUAUCGAUAGCUUUCUGAUAUAACAUUUCUUUUCUUUUAAGUGCUGUGAAGUUCUCGGGGUUAAACGACGUUUGUAUAUUUUUUGCAGAAUUUUCAGAAAUUCAUUUUUUAAUAAAAUCGAAGUAUAAUGCGUGCAUCGAAGUGAAAAAGAAUGUACAGAAAGGUGAAAUGUUAAUUUAUCUUCUUUCAUCCGUGCCGCAACAUAGUCCUUGCAACGUGCUAAUUUCGACGAAUUAACAAUGCUCGCCGUUGUUCUGCUACUAAUACCAAUCUUGUGGGGGGAUGAAACCGAGGCCAGCGUUCUCGUGGCGGACAACACCAUGUCCAGAAUGGUGGAAUUGAACGCAGUGCCUCCAUUCUGUGCCUUGUAUACCGAUCGUGGGGUCAUACAGAAGAUGGUCCUAGGUGCUGAUCCCAGGAAGGUGAUGCAGGUGUCCAGUAAACUCGUCACUGACCUCGAGAAGACCUGCAAGGCCUCUUACGAUAAAGGAAAAAAUCAACCACCAGGAGGUGGUCUGAUAUAUCCAGGAACCAAAUGGUGUGGACCAGGUACCUUGGCCAAAUCGUACGACGAGCUGGGUCAACACGCAGCAGAGGACGCAUGUUGCAGAGAACACGACCAUUGUCCAUAUGUCAUAUCACCGCAAGAAUGCAUCCAUGGUAUAUGCAACAACUCACCGUUCACGCGAUCCCAUUGCGACUGCGACGCGAAGUUUCGUCGAUGUCUGCAGAAUCUUAACACGGAAGUCGCGAACACCCUGGGUGCCCUCUUCUACAACGUCAUACAAGUGACUUGCUUCAAAGAACGACGUCCUUGCUCCCAAUGGCAAAGAAAUGGCUAUGCAGAAUCUGAGUCGAACCGACUCUGCUCUCAAUACAAAUUCAGGCCCAGUGACAAGUACGUCCCGUUGAUGCCGUUGAACAUCAACUAGCUAUUGCGAAAACGCAAGAAGAGCGGACCAGACAGUCUUUGAAAAAGUUGCCAGUUAACAGAGUUCCAAUGAGCGAGAUAAUUGCACGCGAAGGCCAUGUUCUUCGUGGACUGUCUUCGUUUAAGAUUAUGGUUCGUUCGAAACACGAAGAGCUUUUUAAACGUUACUAACAGCGUGAGCAGGUUAUUUAUAAAGCUUAAUGAACGCAAUGGAACCAUCUGUAAUUGCUCAUUUUAAUAUUCUUUUAUCAUAGUAGAAAAAAUAGCGAUGGUUCGAGUAUUCUAUGAAAGUACUCUUUUGAGCUUUUAUAAAAAUUGAAUUUUAUCUUUAUAUCAUUCUUAAGACAAUCUUAUCUGGACCGCUGAUUUGUUGGAAAUCUCCAAAAAAAUGCGUGCAAUUAAAUAAAGUUACCAAUGCUGCUCAAUAUUACUCUUUAACAUAUAGGCGACUUUAAAUUAUAGUGGUGUAGGUAUUUAAUCUUCUAAUGAUAUUAUAUCGUUCGCAUUGAUUAUAGAUUUUAAAAUAAGGCAAUCUUUUUCUCUUCCGGCGAGCAAAGAUGAACCAAAGAUUAGGAAGGAAAAGAGAACGAUGCUUAAAGAUUGCAAUUAUACAAACUGCGACGAAAGAAGGUUUUACUGAUAUUACUAAAAGGAGGUUCGCGUUUCUUGCAUAUCAUUGAUAAUGACAUUCUUCCUAUUCAAUUAUUACAAAAGUAGCACUAAUGGAAUCAUCUCCAGUUUUCGUUUGCAAAUUCCACCAAUCUCGUAUUUAAACUGAAAUUAAUGCCACUUUUGCAAUGGUUUAAUAGCUUAACAAAGUACCAACGAAUUACAAAGGUUUACGACUUUCUAUUUUCUUCGAUAGCUCAGAUAUUUAAAUAUUUGCAUUCUAAUGUCGUUCUUAGAUUUUAAUGCAAAUUAGAUUAACUCACAGACGUUGUAAUUUUAUUGGAAAAACAUUGCUCAAAGUAUUGUAACAUAGGACAAGGUGUAUAAUGUAUCAAGAAAUUUCAAGUUCAACUUACAUGUACCUAAUAAUGCAACGUCUGCUUCUGAAACGAGUUCAAAGACCUAUUAUGCAAAAUUAUUCAAGAUCAUCGUAGGUAAACGUAACACGCGAUGCUGCAACAUCUAACGCAGAUCUAAUCAAUUCUAAGAUGAAUUAAUUCAACUUUCCAAUUUAUAUAGAGGUAUUUCGAAAUCGUUUCACCAUAACAGGUUGCUGAACUUAAGAUGAUGAUAACCAUGAAAUACGUUUAACACCUUCGAAACUCUCAUUAAUGAAAAAAAAAUUUUUUCAACAUUCAAUUAACGACCAUCUUUUAUGAUUGAUCGAUUAUUUUGAGCAGUGUUGAAGAAGAAAAAUUGUGAAAAAAAAUUACAACGACCUUGCACAAUGUUUACCGUAAUUGAUAUUAUUCAGAAAUAAGCUUGAUGCAAUUUUAUGGUAAUUAUAAGAGACAUGUACAAAUGACCCGUCCGUUAUUUCUGGUCCACGAAUCGAAACGAUUGAUGUGGCCAGAAAAGAACCGGAAGUCGAGGACGUUCUUGAAUUAUCCGAAAUUUUAGACGUCUCGAGAAGGUCAGCCGGGAAAGAGUGCAAUUGAUUGAAUUUUAUCGCACAACGAUAUCAGGAAUACCUCAGUAGGAUUUUAUUUCCUGAAGACCUUCGAUCUAUUAUAAUUAAUGAUACGGUAUAAUCUUGAAAAUUUGAAUAAAUUAGAAAAACGUGACUUUAGUUCUAGGAAAAGUUAUAGUUGUAAGGUAAAGUUGUUCUAUUAGUAGGAUCCUUUGUUUAAAUGGCACAAUACUCUUUCCUUUAGUCCCAUAAAGUAUUAUUACAUGUAGAGAAAUAGGGUUUAAAUAAUAUAUUAUUUAUUCUAUUAGUGAGUUCUGUGGGUUUGGAACUGGUGUCUAGAGUUAGAUAAUAAAUCAGAUUUUCAAGAUUGGGCUGUAUAGAAAAGUGUGAAAGGAAUGUAUAUUUCUAUGUACACGAAUCUAAUUAAUUUCUUAUCACUAAGUAUAAUAUUAUAGCGUUCUAUAUUUUUAAUGUUUGCAUGAAACAAUAUCGCUUGUAUUAAAUGUAUAUUUGAAUCUAAUGUAGGAUUUUACAGAUUGUAUUUAUAUUAUUAAACGUAACGUUUAUGGUGAUUCUCAAUUCUGGAGAGACAACUAUUAAUUUUGCACAAUUUUCAAUAAAUAUAUUUAUCUCGAAUAGCUUUUAAUCUUGUAUAACACAAAAGAGCUUAUAUCAAUAAUAAUAUUAGAAAACACCA